AUGGAAUCUGGUCCCACACCUGAUGACAACAACACUGUAGACUGUUUACAACCACUUGGGAUGGAAUCUGGCGCCAUUCCUGAUUACAGCAUUACUGCAUCCUCGGUCCAUGACCCCGGUCUCGCGCCUUACUUCGGCCGGUUAAACGGGAAUACUGGUGGAGGCGGCUGGGCAGCAUGGAUACAAACAAUGGGACAGUGGUUGCAGGUUUUUCCAGGUAACGUUGACAGCACCAGCCUUGUUAAGAACCAACUGGACAACCCAGUUGAUGCUCGUUAUGUGCGUUUCGUGGUCCAGUCAUGGUAUGAUCACAUCGCCAUGAGGGUGGAGAUUCUGGGCUGUAACACAACUGCAGUCAACCUCCCUGCCUGUCCCCAACCACUUGGGAUGGCAUCUGGCGCCAUACCUGAUUACAGCAUUACUGCAUCCUCGGCCUUUGAACCUGGUCUCGCGCCUUUCCUCGGCCGGUUAAACGGGAUUACUAGUGGAGGCGGCUGGGCAGCCAAGGUCAACACAAUCGGCCAGUGGUUGCAGGUUUUUCCAGGUAACGUUGACAGCACCAGCCUUGUUAAGAACCAACUGGACAACCCAGUUGAUGCUCGUUAUGUGCGUUUCGUGGUCCAGUCCUGGCAUGGUCACAUCGCCAUGAGGGUGGAGAUUCUGGGCUGUAACACAAGUAGGUUUUAA